AUGACACUCCACAGGAGCAGCACGAGGGGGUGGAGCCUGAGGGGCGGGGCGGUCCGUGUGAGGGAGGGUGCACCACAGAGCACACAACGGGUGCACCGCAUGACACUGCCCGUUGACCAGCCUGGUGAACCCAACGUGCCUCCUGUGCAUUACUCCGUGCAAUGCGGCCUGCAGGAGGGGGGCGCCUCUGCUACUGUGCAGCUGCCACCGCCGGCGCCUGAGGAUGCCCGUGGCGGUGAGGCGGCUGCUCAAGCAGCAGACGAGAGGAGGAGACUGCUGCCCAAUGAUGAAGCACACCUUGAGCGAGAGAUCCGCCGCAUGGCUGGUGCGGUGGUGUCCUAUCGGGAGUCUCGCCAUCGGCGAAGGCCCACCAGGAACCGGGCCAUCCAGUCAUCAUCAGACUCGGACGUGGAAUCUGAGCCGGAACCAGAGGACAGCCAUGUACUCGAAACAGACCUUUUCACGCACACGAUAGACAUGGUCCCGGUGAUGCUUGACAAGGAGGGGUUUGCGGUAGUAGACGAUCCCCACCUCGCCUCUCUGAUCACUCCUGAUGUUCCCACAAGCGCCACUGAGCUCGUGUCAGGCGAUAAGGCAGCAGCAAUAUUUCAGCGUGGGGACCUUCCCUCGCGGCAGGGAGGGCUACCACGGCUUACCCAUGAGGGCAGGCUCCGACUCAGCAAUGGAACCGGGAGGCGUAUGAUGGUCAAGCUGGACAAGGUGCAGCCGGGGCCUAGCCUGUCGAACAUAGCAUCCUACGUGGAGGGUGUUAUCCAAGACAUAGUGGAGCGGAUCCCUGGCUUGCACCUGGUCAAGCCUGGUGUGAUCCUUGGCAACAACCCUGGCGGCACAGCCCCCAUUCGUCGGCAGACGCUGCACGUGGACAUGCAGCCUGGCAGAGGGAUGUCGUUUGUUGCAAUCGUGCCAUUGGAGCAGGACAUCGAGCUGUGGGUGAGCCCAGGGAGCCACCACACUGUGCAGGCGUUUGCUGCUCGGGCAGAGCCUGCUGCUGCAGCUGCUGCUGCAGCAGCAGAUGAUGCCGAAGCAGGUGAUGCAAGCAGAGCCGACAGAAGCAGUGCGGCAGGUGGGGAGGCCAGCCCCCACAGCGGUCAGGGGGCGGGGCGGGGUGGCACGCCAUCAGGCCUGUCCCUGGCGAACACAUUGACCCUGCCGGACGAGACAGCCCUGAGGUUCGUGUCGCACCUCCCGAGUCACCCAGUCAUGAGGAUGCGGGGACAGCCUGGCCAGAUCAUUUUCCUGCAUGGCAACACUGUGCAUGCUGGGGCGGCUGGCAAGGCUGGCACCUGGAGCCCGCGCCUCCACUGGUAUGUUCAGGGUGGUGAUCUGGAAAAUGAGACAUACAGCCUGGCUUAUGUCCACAAGGAGCUCCGUCGGCUAUUCCACCUCUCCUGA